UUGUCGACAGCCUGCACUUCAGCUCAACUUUAGCUUACACACUAUUGUCAGGCUAUGCAUACCCCUUGAAGUCAAUUCCUUUACUCUCACCGUCUAUACCUUGUGAGAGAAUAGCCACGUCCCAUCAUCCUCAGUUCACUGGUUGCUCUUGAACCUCUUGAGAAGCCACGGCUGCCAUUAUAUACUUUCAUACCUUCUUUCUCCUCUUUGGCGCCAAGAUACCUCUCUGAAGCUCCCCCAAACGCCUCACACACUUUUCACUUUCAAAAACUUCAUUUCGUGGCAAUGCUGUCAAAAAGUCUACUGGCCUUGGCGACACUGCUCGUCUCAAGCGUGUCAGCAGAUCCUCGGGAUCUAGGAACUGUGCUCGCUGGCAACAAAGAUCUGUCCACCUACUAUUCGCUCAUCCAGAAAUAUCCGGAUGUUCUUCUCCAGCUUCCAAGCUACGCAGGCGUCACCAUCGUCGCACCUUCCAAUGAGGCCUUCAAAAACAUCCCUUAUACUGCCCUCAAUGGCAUAUGGAACCCAAAUGACAAGGCCACCACCGUGCCACUCCUGCAAUAUCACGUUCUCAUAGGAACCGUCGCAACGGCUGGUCUUAACACUGGGCCAACCUAUGUCCGGGCCACUCUUCUAAAGAGCCCUCGCUACACCAACGUGACGUUUGGUCAAAAUGUCCUCAUUGCCAAGCAGCCCGGUGACACUGUUGUCUUCACUACAAGCAUGGGCACUCGCUGCACUCUGGUCGAGGGUGAUAUUCCCUUCCAGGGCGGCCUGGUCCAGGUGGUUGACAACUUGUUGAUCCCUCCGUCACGCAUCGAGAACACGACUGAGGCAUUCGGCGUGCCCAACUUCAUGGGCAGCCUCUACGCCGCCGAUCUCAUGCCCAAGGUCUCUUAUGAGGAGAACAUUACCGUCUUUGCUCCCGUUGACAGUGCGUUUGCCGCUGUUGGUGGUUCUCUCAAGCACCUCGAUGCCAAGGCCCUUGCACGCGUCAUGGGAUACCACAUCGUGCCUGGCCAAGUUCUUGUCUCGUCGACCCUCACUAACGGCACCAGUCUCUCAACACUUGCUAAGAACCCCGCUGGCACAGCCCAAGAGUCUAUCGUCAUCCGUCAGUCCGGCAACAACAAAUACGUCAACUCGGCUCAGAUCGUCCAGCCUGACAUUCUCCUCGCCAACGGCAUUAUGCAUCUCAUCUCUAACGUCCUGAACCCAGAUGCUGAUGCUGCCAUUCCAAACCCCACCGCCGUCUCUCAAGCUCCCGUGUUUCCUGUUAGCUCGGCCCGUAACCCGUUCACCUCAGCUCUGCCUUGCACAGUGAGCUGCCCCGUUACGACGACGGCUGCAGAUACUGCCACGGAUGCAGUCGCGACAAGCACCUCUACCAGCAUAUUCACAAGCAAGAGCAAAGCAGCCGCAGGAGCCAUGGCUACGGCAAACAUCCGUGCUGCGGGAGCAGCUCUGGGUCUGCUUGGUGCGGGAAUGAUGCUGUAAAACCUUGAUGAUUUUUCUUUUUAUCAUAUAGAUGUAUACCUUUUCUUCAUACAGAAGUUGAAGAAGAUGUCAAAAAGCGGAGAGCCUUCACUGGUAUGAGUAGUAAUGAGAUGGAUUUAGACGUAAUGAGUUUGGAUAUUGUGUUUUUUCAGACCUCAGGGUCUUUUUAAUAGAAAGGGAGUAUUUCUGUUACCCAUGAAUAGUAUUGCAAUAUGAUGAC